CCACUGCGCAGUCACCCUGAAAGCCUGUGCAACUGGAAAGUGUGAGCUCUGAACGAGGGCAACUUCUGCUGCUCCAACUACAACUCGACCCACUGCCUCCACCCUCGAGAAGAGGCUCCAUCCCACGCCCCACGGACCCCAUUUGUCGCGCUAGAAUCCCUCGUGGUGCGUGUGUCUCGUUGCUGAAUUUGGGUGGAUCCUCGCUGGAUUUUUGGCCAUGGACGUGUUCCUGAUGAUCCGCCGUCGGAAGACGACCAUGUUCCUGGAUGCGAAGGAGACGACCACGGUGCUGGACCUCAAGCGGAUGAUUGAGGGCAUCACCAAGAAACCACCCAACCAACAGAGGCUCUAUAAUCGCGAGGACGUUGUGAUGAAGGACGAGCGAACUCUGUCUGAUUACGGCCUAACCUCGACCAUGGCCAAAGCUCAGAGUCCGGCCGAAGUGGGCCUGGCUUUCCAAGAGAACGGCAGUUGGGAGGACCUCGAGAAAACGCCCUACUCCUCCCCGCCCGAAUUGCCCGACGUCAUGAAGCCCGGCCAAGAAUCUGCUGCUCAAGAGACAGCCACCGCCUAGUCUCUUGGGGCUCGAUCGGCAACCCACCACCCUCUCCCUUCUUUUAUUAUUAAAAAAUAUAUAUUCACUUCCCUGACUUUUUUCUCAGACCUGAUUUUGACUGUUCGUAACAACAGGAGGGCUCAGAACCUCGGUGUUCAAAAGUAUGCCCGCCCUUAAAGGAAUAAAAGAAAGUCGACUAGCCCAUAUACAAAUCCUUCUUGCUGACUUAAAAAGCCCUCUUCUUUUCUUCAAACCAACCCUCCCUCCUCGGCCAAAUGCGUAUGAAACGUAUGAAAUGAAUCGGAAAAAUAGUUCAUUUUCCCCCCUCAAGAUGGCUGUGUAUCUGCUUGAAGAAAUGGCUCUCAACCAUCUCGUAUUUGUCUUAUCACUUUCAUUGCUGCUAUGACUGCAACUGCAACAACUUCUCCUCCUCAAUCACCAUCACCCCUGCCCCCUUUUCCCUAAACGAGGUCAAUGAGGCCAGUGAAUUUGCUCACUGGUCAUAGAAGGGAGAUUUUAGUUCACUAUCACUAAAAUCGCCCCUCAAUCUGAUCUCGUGUCACUCAAUCUCCCUUGGAAAAUAAAAAAAGAAACGCGACAAAUGGGA